AUGGUCACAGAAAAUGGAGACUUUCGGUAUCCGCCGUCUCCAGGCGAACAUAAUACUCCCAAUGGUCGUCGAGGGCCUAAUCCUCUUCGUCUCAAUCCUUUAAGAAUCAACCCCCCCUCUCCGCCAUCUUCUCGAGCGUUAACCGCCACCGCCCCACGUGCGCUUCCGCUGCCACGCUCUCCGAGAAGACCCCCUGCCAUUCCGGACGAUCCUUUCCUGCGCUCACCCUCACCCCAACCCGGAAUGGGGGGUGAUAUUACCUCUCACAGGCCGGCAUAUCGCGUACCCGUCACUGCCAAUCCAACGUUUGACCGCUUUCCCAGAGCCCCCUCUAGAGAAAGCGACUUUGAUCGUCCGUCGUAUCGUCGCAAGACCCCUCCUCCUCAGCCGAGGUUAAGAACAUCCAAAUCUACGUCGAAGCUCCAUAACAGACCCCCCAAGGCCUUCCAUUCCCUAGAACGCCAGUCCAACGAAUCCCCACAACAGGGACUGAGCCUACCGCGCUUUUAUCCUAAUGGAUCGACAGAGGCCAAUGGGGAGGAUGCUCUCCGCUCCAGUGUGAAUUCCGCCAUGACGUCGCGCUCCAGUGUCGGACAGGCGAGUGGAACGGAGCGAAGCAGUGUCUUGACGAAGAGUAGCUCUAUCACCGAUCUCUCGCCAGAUACACCAGAUGGACCGUAUGAGAAGGACGGAGGAAUGAGUGUGGAAGAUGCGAUUUCCAUGUAUCUCGAUGGGUUUAGUGACGUCACAGAAGAGCCUGGGUCUCCUGACUGGCGUGGAGAGAGCAAACCAAGGCCGCUCAGUCCCCGUCCGCCAACGGAGCUGACCCUAGACGAUGGGCAUACUUCCGAUGAGCAUUCGCCCGAACUAGAUGCUACCAAAGAUUUGCCACCGGUGCCACCGCUCCCAGCUCUAAAUCCACCCGACCAGAAUACGCUGGAUGAGCAGUUCUUGGGCGACACGCAAUUGAAUGAAAAACAAUUCAGCGAGCCCCUAGACCAGGCCACACCGGAUCGGCCAGCUGAUACAAGUCCACUAGAGACGAAGAUUUUCAUUCCCGGUACCGUGCCGCCUCCGUUUGUGAAGCCUACCGAGACCAGGGACCAGUAUGGAUUUCGGAAGGCCAGUCACCAUGUCACAUUACAACAGUACGAGGCCUGGAGUCGCCCAUAUGCAGCUUUUGCUAGGAGUCGGAGAAAUAAAUGGUCAGAGUUGCUGAAGGAGCAUGGACUGCCCACCACCGAACCGAGGACUUUCCCGCCAAAAUCGAACAAGAUCAAGCGUCUUGUCCGCAGAGGCAUUCCUCCCGAGUACAGAGGGGCUGCUUGGUUCUUUUAUGCGGGUGGCUACGAGCACUUGAAUCGUAAUCCCGGACUAUAUGAUCAGCUUGUCAACCAGGCUAUGGAAAGCCCAAGCAACGAUGACAAAGAGCAUAUCGAGCGAGACUUACACCGCACUUUCCCGGAUAAUAUCCACUUCAAGCCCGAAUCUACUGACGGGAUCGGGACUUCAGGCGCUAGCUCUGGUAGCAGCAACCUGAAGCAUGGCUCAGUCACUGUCGAGACGCAAAUGAUUCAAUCGCUCCGGCGCGUGCUCUAUGCCUUUGCGUUGCACAGCCCCCAAGUCGGCUACACGCAAUCACUCAACUUCAUCACAGGCCUGCUCCUCCUGUUCCUCCCAGAAGAGAAGGCGUUUUGGAUGCUGCAUAUCAUCACUUCUGUUUACCUCCCCGGCACGCACGAGAUCAGUCUCGAAGGGGCUAAUAUUGACCUAUGGAUCCUUAUGGUCCUCUUGAAAGACUCAACCCCACUAAUUUACAACAAGAUCACGGGUUCCGCUCCCGGCAAAUCCAAGACACCUCCGUUAACGGUCGACUCGCGGUUACCGGACAUUACACUAGGCUUGACCAAUUGGCUCAUGUCAUUGUACAUUGGGACUGUGCCGUUGGAGACGACCUUGCGCAUCUGGGAUGUCUUUUUCUACGAAGGAUCGAAGACAUUCUUCCGAGCUUCGCUAGCCAUUUUCAAGGCUUGCGAGAGGGACAUCCUCGCCGUAUCCGACCCCAUGGAGGUUUUCCAGGUAGUCCAAACGGUCCCCAAAAGGCUACUAGAUGCCAAUAAUCUACUGGAUGAAUGCUUCGUGCGGCGCCACCGAGUGGGACAGGGCCGCAUUGAGGAGCUAAGAGCAUCUCGACGGACGGCCGUUCGGCAAGAGAAGAUGCGACGGUCGAAAGCUUUGAGCAAGGGAUACCUUCAAGCCGCCACGGAUGAAUGGCCGACGACACGAUCGCGGACGCCGGUUCCUGGGGUUGAGCGCAGCAUUGCCGAUGGAUGGCCCAUGAGCGGUCAAGCGGCCAGUUACUAUAACCAAAACGAAAGCUUUGGUGGAGGCCAGCCUCCACCUCCGCCUCAGCAGCAGCCUUUCUACAACAACAACCUCAAUAAUGGCAACUAUCAAUACUCCGACCCCAACUAUCAAAGGGGUCCCGAGCCCAAGCCGCCACACGAAGCGCCGCCGACCUAUAACCAAGCCGUCUAUGGUUUUGCCGAUGCCUUCAAGAUUGAGAAGCCCAAGUUUAACGAUAUCUGGGCUGGUCUUUUGCUCAUCGCGGUGUUCCUGGGAUAUGUUGCAGUAUCUGGCGUAGCCAUCCACCGAUACGCGAAAUACAAGGGUUUCAAUGGCGGCGGCAUCUAUGAUUCGUCCAACACCUUCUCGCUUGACACCAACACCCUGGUGUUGUUUAUUUUUGUACUUUGCGUGGCACUCGUCUUCUCGUGGGCCUACUUCCUCGGAGCUCGCUAUUUUCCCAAACUCAUUAUCUGGGUUACAGGGAUUCUGAACAUUGUGUCCGCUCUAGCCACUGCGAUUUACUAUCUGGCGAAGAAGCAAUAUGGUGGAGGGAUUGUGUUCCUCAUCUUUGGCGUCUUUGCCAUCAUUUGUUUCAUCAGUUGGAUCCCGCGCAUUCCCUUCACGGCAUUCAUGUUGGAAACCUCCAUCGAUGUUUCCAGAAAGCAUGGACACAUGUUUCUCGUCAGCGCCAUUGGAGGUAUCGUCGCAGUGGCUUUUGGAGCUUGGUUCUCUGUAACCCUCGUCUCGAUCUAUGUUGCCUUCGAACCCAAUGGCAGUGGGGUUAACCCGGCUUGUCGUGACGGCGGGUGCAGCACGGGCAGAGUGAUUGGUCUGGUCGUCUACGUGACGUUCGCCAUGUAUUGGUUCAGCGAAUGGCUGAAGAACACCGUCCACACGACCAUCGCUGGAGUCUACGGAACCUGGUACUUCUGGAGCAACUCACCAAACGGCAUGCCGAAGGGAGCCACUCGUGGCGCCUUUAAGCGCGCCACCACCUACUCGUUCGGCAGCAUCAGUUUCGGCAGCUUGAUCAUUGCCCUCAUCAACAUGCUCCGACAGGCGUGCUCAGUGGCACAGCGCCAGGAGGCGGCAGAAGGGAACCUACUGGGAACCAUCGCAUUCUGGAUUCUGGGGUGCUUCAUUUCCAUGCUGGAUUGGCUGGUUACCUUUUUCAACCGUUACGCCUUCUGCCACAUUGCCCUGUAUGGCAAGCCAUACAUCGAGUCUGCGAAGGAUACAUGGACCAUGAUGAAAGACCGGGGUGUGGACGCGCUCGUGACCGACUGUCUUAUCGGACCCGUCUUAACCAUGGGGUCGGUCUUUGUGUCGUAUAUCUGCGCCUUGCUGGCGUAUCUGUACCUCCAGUAUACCCACCCGGCCUACAACAGCGGCGGCGAAUUCACGGCCGUGAUCAUGGCAUUCUCUUUCGUGAUCGGCCUGCAGGUCUGCCAGAUCUUUAUGACACCAGUCGGCAGCGGAAUCGAGACGAUUUUCGCCGCCAUGGCAUGGGAUCCGCAGGUGAUGGUCCAAAGCCACCCGGACCUAUGGUACCGUCUGGUCAACCUUUACCCUAAGGUUCAACAGGCGGUUCACGUAUAA